UAGUAGCAGUAUUAAUGAUGUCCAUCUCUCUGGUCUCCUUCAGGAUCUUCAGACUCUGUGCUCUCCUGUCCUGCUGAAGUGCCUUUGAGCCAGACGCUGAACCCGUUCCAGAGAGAAACCCGAGAGCCGUUCAAAGCAUGGAGGGGAGGCGGGGUCUCUUCCUCAGCCUCAUCAUGGCAGCGUGUUUCUACGGCAACGCCGCUCAGAAGACAGUCUGCACUCAAGAGGCCGUGGCCGAUAUCGUCUUCAUGGUGGACGGGUCGUGGAGCAUCGGCACAGAGAACUUCAAACAGAUCCGUCGGUUUCUGCACACGCUGGUCAACAGCUUCGACGUUGGGCACGAGCACGUCCACAUCGGGCUGGUCCAGUACAGCUCCACUCCCCGCACCGAGUUCCUGCUCAACACCUAUCAGAGCAAGAAGGACAUCCUCCAGUACAUCAGCAGAUUACCUUACAUGGGUGGCGGCACCCACACGGGGCUCGGCUUGGACUUCAUGCUGAACGAGCACUUUGUGGAGGCGGCCGGAAGCCGAGGGGGCCAGAACGUGCCGCAGAUCGCCGUGGUGAUCACCGACGGCAAAUCACAAGACGACGUGGAGUCCCACGCUCGGGACCUGAAGAGAAAGGGAAUUGUUUUGUAUGCGAUUGGUAUCAAAGAUGCAGAUGAAGACCAGCUGAAAGAGAUAGCCAAUGAGCCGCACAGCCAGCACGUCUACAGCGUGUCUGACUUUGCGGCGCUGCAGGGAAUUUCUCAGAGCAUCGUCCAGACGCUUUGCACGACCGUAGAGGAAGUCAAACGACAGCUCCUGCAAUUGUCUCGAGAAUGUGCCAAAGCCACGGUGGCCGACAUCGUCUUCCUGGUUGACGGAUCUUCCAGCAUCGGCAUCAGUAACUUUCAGGAGAUCCGGCAGUUUCUCCGUAGCGUAGUCAACGGCCUGGACAUCGGCCCUGACAAGGUUCGGAUCGGCUUGGCUCAGUACAGCGAUGAAACUACAAUGGAGUUCCUGCUGAAGGAUCACAUGGACAAGAAAUCCCUGCUGGAUGCAGUGGACACAUUUCCCUACCGAACAGGAGGCACGGAAACGGGUGAGGCCAUCGAAUUCCUCCUGAAGAACUACUUCACAGAGGGUGCUGGGAGCCGAGCCAAACAACGGGUGCCUCAGAUCGCUGUGGUCAUCACAGAUGGAGACUCCACCGACGAUGUGGUAGUGCCCGCCCAGCGCCUGAGGCAGCACGGAGUCAUCGUGUUUGGCAUCGGGGUCGGAGCAGCCAACCGAAAGGAGCUGGAGUCCAUCGCCAACCGGCCUCCGGAGCGCUUCCUGUCCUCCACCGAUAACUACCAGGCUCUGCAGAGGCUGACCGUAGGUCUGCUGGAAACUGUUUGCAUCUCUGUGGAGGAUCAGAGGCACGCCUUGGCAGAAAAGUUUGCAGACAUCUUCUUCCUGGUGGACAGUGGCAUGUCUCUGACAGACUUCCAGCAGGUCAGGACCCUCCUCUCUCGACUGGUCAAUCAGCUGAACAUCGGAGCGUCCACCUACCGUCUGGGUUUGGCCCAGUACGGUCAAAAUAUCAAUGUUGAAUUUCAUCUCAAUGCUUAUCAAACCAAAGAGGAGACUCAGAACUCCGUUAAGCGUUUCCGACAGCGAAGACUGCAACCCAACGAGCCUCGUAAACUGGGCCACGCUUUGGACUUUGCCAGCACUAACUUUUUCACCAGUGAGGCAGGAAGCCGGGCGGACCAGGGUUACCGGCAGUUCCUUGUUGUUAUAAGUGGAAAAGACUCCGAUGAUCCUGUGUAUAGGGAGUCACGUCUGAUGAAAUCCUCAGGAGUAACUGUGGUUGGGAUGAGCCUCAGUCCGUCCGUGCAGGAGAUGCGUCUCGUAGCGACGGCACCGUACAUCUACCAGUCCAUCAGCAGCGUAACCAACCUGAAGGCUAUCUUUGAAAGAGAGGAGGCGGAGAUCAUUCUCUCUGGAGAUUGCAAAGCAGCCAAACUGGCCGACAUCGUGUUCAUCAUUGAUGAGUCUGGAAGCAUCGGAAACGACAACUUCCAGCUGGUGCGCACUUUCCUCCACUCGGUUGUGAGUGGCCUGGAAGUCAGUCCGUCUCGAGUCCGAGUGGGCAUCGUUACGUACAACGACAAGUCCACAGCACAGGUCUACCUUAACUCCUUCAAUGACAAGAACGAAUUGCUGAAGUUCAUCAAAAUCCUGCCUUAUCGUGGUGGCGGUACAUACACUGGAGUGGCCCUAGAGUUCACCUUGAAGGAGGUUUUCAUCCCUCAAAGAGGAAGCAGGAGAGCAAAGGGUGUCCAACAGGUGGCGGUGGUGAUCACAGACGGUGAAUCCCAGGACAACGUGAGCACGGCAGCCGCUAAUCUUCGUCGAGAUGGUAUCACCGUCUAUGCAGUAGGGGUCAAAGAUGCCAAUGAGGAACAGCUGGUAGAGAUGGCAUCUUAUCCCCCACAUAAGCACAUGUUCAUUGUGGACAGCUUUGCCAAACUGAAAUCGCUAGAGCAGAGCAUGCAGAAAAUGCUGUGCCACAACAUCCUUCGGCAAGCAGUCUCAGUCAAUACAAGAAGAACCGGCAUCAAAGAAGGCUGUGUACAAACAGAUGAAGCCGACAUCUUCUUCCUGAUUGAUCACUCAGGAAGCAUUUACCCCAAAGACUUCAAAGACAUGAAGACGUUCAUCAUUGAGUUUCUACAUACAUUCCGUAUCGGGCCACAACAUGUCCGCGUGGGGGUUGCAAAAUAUGCAGAUUCGGCAGAUUUAGAAUUUGAUCUGACAACCCACUCAGAUGCAAAGAAGUUGGAGAAAGCAGUAGAGGAUAUUAGACAAAUCGGAGGUGGGACAGAGACGGGAAGAGCACUGGAAUUCAUGAGCCCACACUUUGAUCGAGCCAUGGCAACUCGUGGUCACAAAGUCCCAGAGUACCUGGUGGUCAUCACCGAUGGAAAAUCUUCCGAUGAGGUCAAGGUUCCCGCAGAAAAACUGAGGGCGCAGGGCGUCAUCGUCUACGCCAUCGGGGUGAAAAACGCAGAUGCGGUUGAGCUGGGAGAGAUUGCCGGCGACCCCAAGAGGACUUUCUUCGUCAAUAAUUUUGAUGCUUUGAGGCCCAUCAAGGACGACAUCAUCACAGACAUCUGCUCUCAAGACGCUUGUAAAGACACACCAGGCGACCUCCUUUUCUUGAUUGACAGUUCUGGGAGCAUCUAUCCAAAAGACUACGAGAAAAUGAAAGACUUCAUGAAAUCAGUCAUCAGCAAGUCCGUCAUCGGGCAGAACGAGGUGCACGUCGGUGUCAUGCAGUUCAGCUCCAUCCAACAACUAGCCUUCCCCCUCAACCUCUACUACAGCAAGGAAGGAAUGUCCAAAGCCAUCGAUGACAUGCAGCAGAUUGGUGGAGGCACCGACACAGGUAAAGCCAUCACUGAUGUGUCGCAGUACUUUGACGCAACCGGAGGAGGGCGUCCUGGCAUGAGGCAGAGGCUGAUAGUGAUAACAGACGGUGAGGCCCAGGAUGAGGUCAAAGGCUCCGCUGAGGCUCUGAGGGCCAAGGGAGUGGUGGUCUACGCCAUCGGAGUGGUGGACGCCAACACCACCCAGCUGCUGGAGAUCAGCGGUUCACCAGACAGGGUGUAUUCCGAGAGGGACUUUGACGCUCUGAAGGACUUGGAGAGCCAGGUAGCCUUGGAGCUCUGUGACCCACAGAGAGAGUGUAAGAAGACAGAAAGAGCUGACAUUAUUUUCCUGGUGGAUGGCUCCACAAGCAUAACUCUGAGCAAGUUCAGAAGCAUGCAGAAAUUUAUGGCGUCAAUGGUGAACCAAACCACAGUUGGCAAGGACCUGACUCGCUUCGGGGUCAUUCUUUACUCCACCGACCCCAAAUCUAUUUUUACUCUGAAAAAGUAUAACUCCAAACGAGACGUUCUUAAUGCAAUAUCAGCACUGUCGUCCCCGUAUGGAGACACCUACACCGGCAGGGCUUUGGCAUACUCUGUAGAGUUCUUUAACGAUGCACAUGGUGGUCGAGCGGAACUCCAGGUUCCACAGAUUCUCGUGGUGAUCACAGAUGGUGAUGCUACCGACCGUAACAGUCUGGUCCCUCCAUCCGUGGCGCUGCUAGACAAAGGGAUCAGCGUCUUCAGUAUCGGAGUCGAAGGAGCCAACAGGACACAGCUGGAGAUCAUGUCUGGUCACGACAUGUCCAGAGUUUUCUAUGUGGAUAACUUUGAUGCCCUGGAAACUCUGUACAAGAAUAUUACUCAUGUCCUCUGCAAUUCCACCAAGCCAGUUUGUGAGAAACAGCAGGCGGACCUGGUCUUCCUAAUCGAUCAGUCUGGCAGCAUCAGCUCAAACGACUACACCACCAUGAAGCAGUUCACCACGGGACUGGUGAACAGCUUCAAAGUCAGUGAAAAUCUAGUGCGUGUAGGACUCGCCCAGUUCAGCAGCACUUUCCAAAAGGAGUUUUAUCUCAACCAGUUUUACAGCGAGCAAGCCAUCACCAAGCACAUCCUGGACAUGGAGCAGCUCGGUGGAGGCACCAACAUCGGACUGGCCCUGGAUUCCAUCAGGGAUUAUUUUGAGGCGUCUCGGGGUAGCCGAAGAUCUACCGGGAUCUCCCAGAACCUGGUGCUGAUCACAGACGGUGAGUCGCAGGACGACGUGGAGGACGCAGCUGACCGUCUCAGGGCUCUGGGCAUCGAGGUGUUCGCCAUCGGCAUUGGAGACGUCCACGAUCUGGAGCUCCUGCAGAUCACCGGCACCCCAGAGAGGCUGUUUACUGUGCAGAGCUUCGGCAGCUUGGAAAAGAUCAAACAAAAGGUGGUCGAUACGAUCUGCAAAUCUAAACCCGUCAAAGAUCCCAGUGCCUGCAGCAUCGAUAUCGCCAUGGGAUUCGAUAUUUCUCGGGGAAACCGAGCUCCCAAUGAGAUGCUGAUCAGUGGCCACGCCAAACUCCAGGCCUUCCUGCCAGAGAUCGUCCGUUACGUUUCCUCGAUACCAGGUCUGUGCUGCGUUGGCCCGGAACCCGUUAAGACCAACAUCGCCUUUCAAGUGGUGGCGCAAGAUGGACGCUCCCUCUACGACUUCAACUUUGAAGGCUACAGCAGUGACGUGGUGAAUAAAGUCAUGACCUUGACUUUGGCAGAGCCCACUUACUUCAACACCGCCCUGCUGAAGUCCUUCGGGAGGAAGUUCAGUGCCCAGUCCCAAGCUGGCGUGAAGGUGCUGGUGAUCUUCUCAGACGGACUCGAUGAGGAUGUGAUGAAACUGGAGCAGGAAUCAGAGCUGCUGCGACAGUCUGGGGUCAGCGCCCUGCUGACGGUUGCCCUGGAGGGGGCUAGAGACCCCGCCCUGCUGCAGAUGGUGGAGUUCGGGCGAGGAUUCGGCUACAAGCUUCCUCUCAGUGUCGGCAUGCAGAGCGUCAGCAGCACCGUCCUCAAGCAGAUUGACUUUGUGUCAGACAGGGAGUGCUGCAACGUCAUGUGCAAAUGUUCGGGACAUGAAGGCGUCCGAGGCUCUCGGGGCCGCCCGGGCUCAAAGGGUCUAUCUGGACAGAAAGGGUUCCCCGGGUUCCCCGGAGACGAGGGCGUCGCUGGUGAACGGGGUCGUCCUGGACCCGCUGGACCUCAGGGGGUCCAGGGUUGUUCUGGACUCAGAGGACUGAAGGGCUACCGUGGUCUCCGUGGUAACAGGGGAGAACAAGGAGAGGACGGACUGGACGGAGUCAAUGGAGAACAGGGACGGACAGGACAAGAUGGAGGUCGAGGACCGAGAGGAGACCCAGGAAACCCAGGUAUCCCGGGUAUCAGAGGGGAGGCGGGGCUUAGAGGACAGCGAGGACUCAGAGGAGAUCCGGGGGAACCGGGAGCUGAUAACACCAGACCAGGAUCUAAAGGAGAACCAGGGAACGCAGGUUUACCAGGGACACCUGGACAGGACGGACGGCCGGGUGAGAGCGGAGUGGAAGGAAACCAGGGUCCAGAUGGAAGAAGAGGAGCUCUCGGUGAGAAGUGUGACGACUAUGUCCGAGUGUGGUUCUUUGACAAAGACGUCGGUGCAUGCUCUCCCUUCUGGUUCGGCGGCUGCGGCGGUAACGCCAACUGCUUUAACACAGAACUAGAAAGUGUCCGGACAUGUGGCGCUGAUAGUAAGUCCUGA